UUCUUACCUGCCAACUUCAUUCGUCUUACUAGGAAGAUAUUCCUUGGAAUGGACUUAUAGUGGUUUUUACUUUACUACUUGCUACUAAGUUUACUUCGUUUCUUGUGUGCAAUAUGAGACGGGGAUCUUCGUCUGCAAAUGUGCGGUGGCACUAUCUGCCGCUGCUGCUGGUUACGGCUGCCUUCAGCCAAGCGUUUGCGCAGACGACCACAACCACAGCUCCCACUACCAUCACAGCUGCAAGCACCACCAAUUCGCAGACCACAACCUCCGAAACGACCACAGCUGCGACUACAACACCUCUGCCUCUCCUGACCACCGAAGCGAGUGGCACGACCCUUACUGCAGCAGACUCUGCAGCUCCCACGACCACCGUAGCUACCGAAAGUUCAAAUUUGGAGGCAACGACAGAAGGCCAGGCUAGCAAUGAAGCUCUUAGAACAAGUGGGUUGCGUCGAGGCUACCGAUUUGAGUCUACGCGAAAUAAACCACUUGCUAAUCAAGAAGCCACGCCAAAACCGGAAUCUGGAGCCGCUGCUAAAGAAAAACCCGAAGAAAAGAAGAUCGCUUGGAAAUUCGGACGCGGAGGCAACAACCAAGAAGGAUGGUCCGUUCGGCCCACCCCUAAUAGUGGUUAUCCACUCUGGAAGAAGCAAGUUGCCUCCUCUAACGGAGGGCAACCUCAGGCAGAUGAAGGAGUAGAUGCGGCCGGUAAAAAACCUGGCGAUCAGCAAGCUUAUAUAGUAUGGAGUGUUGGACAAGGCAAUGCUCCUAAUGGAUGGACAUUAAGUGGAGCUCAAGAUGGCUGGGCUCCUGAAGGAGCAGCUCAGGUCAAUGGAGGAUGGAAUCCAGGAGAUGCUACUGUUGUUGCAAAUGGAGGAAAUGGCGGAUGGAAUGCAGAUGGUUGGGUGGAGGAACAACCACCGAGCGAAGAAGAUAAUCAAGAAGGAGGAUGGGUGGAUGAUGAAGGACCACAGCCUGUCAAUGCUAAUGGUGGUUGGGUGGAACAAGGAGUUGCACCUCAACAAGCAGGAUGGGUUGAACCAAAUGGAAAUGUCGCAAAUGGAUGGGAUAAUGGUGCACCUCAAACUCCUGUGGUAAAUGCUCCCCCUCAAAAUGGGUGGGCUGCUCAACCUAAUGCACCACAAACAAAUGGAUGGAGUGCUGGCCCACCGCAAGCGGGCAAUAAUGGGGGUGGAUGGGCAGCUCCUCAACAAGGAGGAAAUGGAUGGGCUCCUCCAGUAGCAACGGGACAGGUGCAACCAGGUGUGCAAGCACCUGCAGCUGCAAACGGAUGGAACACUGCCUCCGGUCAAAUAGAAAAUGCUGGAUGGGACCAAAAUGCUGGAGGAUGGGCAAAUCCAGCUGCAAAUGGAGGAUGGAACAAUGGUGCUCAAGUCGCUGAAGGUGGCGGAUGGAAUAACGGUCAACAAAAUGGUGGAUGGAAUGGUGGACUGCAAGAUGCAGGAUUAUCAUGGAAAGUUUAUAAUGAAGACACACAUACAAUGGAAAAUUUAGAUGAUAAUUCAGGUUGGAAAGUAAUCGGUGAUGGCGGGGCUGAUGGUUGGAAACUGGUGGAUGAAAAUGGUAAUGUGGAGUGGAAGAUUGAAAAUAUCAACGGUGAAUGGAAAGUAACAAGUGCUGAUGAAUUGCCUACAGUUGAUAAUUCUACAGCUACUGCAGUAGACGCAACAAACGCUACAACAGAGUCGACUAAUUCUACUUCAGAAGAAGUGACAGCUACGACACCUGCACCUGGUGGUGGUUGGGAUGAUGAUAAACAAGGUAGAUAUAUUGUAUGGAAAUUUUCUGAAGAUGGAAAAGGAGAAGCUCGAGUAUAUGGAGGAGGAGGAGGGGAACCUGAAGUAUGGAGAGUGGGAGACAAUAAUCAAUAUUGGAAGGAAACAAUGGGUAUAAAAUCGAAUGAUAACAGUGGACAAGUAGCAAAUGGAGGUUGGACUCCAGAUGGGACUGUCUGGCAGAAUGAUGGAGUCUGGCAAAAUGCAUACAACCAAGGAUCAAAUUCAUGGCAAAAGGCAGCACCUCAACAAAAUAAUGGUUGGCAAAAUGGUGGAGCAUCACCUCAAGUAACAGGAUCAGUAUGGCAGAAUGGAGGAUCAGUUGCGCCUGCAGCAGUUAGCUGGCAAGCAGGAGCGAAUGCUGCACCAAAAUCUAACGGUGGUCGAGGAUGGAAAGCAGGAACUUCAGGACAACAAGGUGGAGGAAAUGGAUGGAAACAAAAGGUAGUAAGACCCACUGGACCACAGACAACAACUUGGUCUAACAGUGGUUCAGCUCCUCAACAAGCAGGAGGAUGGCAAAAUCAGCAGCCUCAGACGAAUGGAGCUUGGAAUGGAGGAAAUACUUCGCCACAAAUACAAGGAGGGUGGCAAAAUGCUGGAGCUAGUAAUACGCCAGCAAAUGUGGGUCCUCAAGGUGCUUGGCAAAAUGGCGUGACAUCUUCUCAAUCAAGUGGAGGAUGGACAGCACCAGGAACAAAUGGUAAAAAGGGAAGGGCAAAGGGUCGCUGGAGAAAUUCGGCAAAUGGAAAUAGAAAUCCAAACGGAUGGCAACAAAAUAAGCUUGCAAAUGCAAACAAAAAUGGAGCAAGGGGAUCUUGGAAUAACGGAAAUAAUAAUGCUGGUUGGGCUCAAAGAAAUGCAGGAUCAGCACCAUCAAGUUGGAAUAAUGCUCCAUCACCAACUUCUGCUCCUACGGUGAAUGGUAAUUCACAAAAUACAGCAGUUUGGCAGAAUGGAGGAAAUCAAGCAGGAUUACCAGCUGGUUGGUCUGCAAAUGGGAAGAAUGGUCAAACUGUACCAUACAUAAUUGUAAUUAAAACUCCAGAAGAAGCAGCAGCAGCAGCUGGACAAGGAGCUCCCACCUCUUGGCAAAACGGAGGUCAAGGUCCUCCAGCAAAUGCUAAAAGGGUAAAAAAUCGCAAUAAACCUAGAAAUAACCGCAGAAGUAGUGGAUGGAAAAUGAACAGAGCUGGUAGUAGUGGAUGGCAAUGGAAUCCACAAGGAGGCCGUGAAGGAUGGAAGUGGAUGGACGGAUGGAUGGGUUCUGGAGGUGGAUUUGGGGGAUGGAUGAGUGAUAAGGACACAAUGUACAGUGGCUGGCGGCCAACAAAGACGAAUGGUCAAUCUCCAGCUGAAGCGAAAUCUCCAGACCAAAGAGUAGGAGGCGCUGCUAAGAACAAUAAGAAAGCCGGCAGCAAAAUGGUUUUUGUUUUUGGCACAAAAAGAAAUUCUUCCGGAGGAUGGGCAAAACCAAAUGGUAAAAAGAAGAAUAAGCAAGUAAUCAUCUUAGACUACACAACAGCUGGAAAGAAAGCUCCUAAAGGAGAAGAUGGAAUGAAAAAAGACAUUGAAUCAGUGAUUCAAGCUCUUAAAUCAGGAAAACCAGCAAACGCUCCGGGAAGAACAGUAUGGAAACCAGCGCCGCAAGUGACGAAUCAACAACAAUGGGGUGGAUAAAUCAAAAUGAGUGUUUUGAGACUGUUUUUCAAAAAUGUGUAAUUACAUGCGCUUGUAAACAAAUCUUAAUCUCAACUUCUGAUAAGGAGUUGAUGUUAACUAUAAAUAUUAUAUUAGUUCCUCAUAUAGCAUUUUUCCAUUAUUUGAACUUUUUUCAUCAUAAAAAUUUUGUAAAGCAGCGAGGUUUAGUGCAAAGUUGCGAAUAGUUUCAACCAAUGGGUCUUCGUUCUGCUUAUUUUUGUUAGGGCCUUGCUUAAUGCUUUUAGCAGUAAUUGCGAACGACGACAAGUGUUCCUAAAUGUUUAGUGUUUCCACAAUUAAGUAGAAACACUAAAAUUGUCAGCUGUUACAGAAAUUGUUCAUUUCCAUUGAUGAAAUGCAUUAACAAUUGUGAUAUGUUUUUUUGUUUAGUGUCUUUCUAUAGAAG